AUGAAUUAGAUUUAUCAUGAUUCGUUAUUAUUAGCUCUUAAAACUUAAAUCUUAGUUCCAAUAACCUUAGAUUGUAGAUAUCUUAAAGAGGCUCUAAGUGAAAUUUCUAACGAAUAACAGUUUUUAUAAAUGGAGGAUUAUUACUUAAACUAAAAUCUCAUUGAUGAAAUUAAUAAGAGGACAAUUAGACUUUUAGUAGACUGUAUUAAAAUACUUCGUAAAUAUAUGUUCAUUGGAUGGAAUGUUAGCCCUUAAUUUAUUGAAGUAUUUCAUGAUACUAAAAAUAGGACAUCGUAUAUUAAUUCAUAGAUAAAAGUUUAGAGGACUGGAUGGAACCUGCUUUUUUCGUUUAAAGACUUCCUGAGAUCAAAGUUUAAAUUAAAACAUAUUAUAAGACAUUUUAAGAAAACGCAUUUGAGUAAUUUUGAUAUAAUUAUAUAGAUUGUGUGAUACUUUGAUUACAGAACUUUGUGAUGAUUAUCUAAAUAGUUCAUAAAUAAAUGGAUUAUUGAAUGAAAUUUUGGAGUCUCAAUUAAGAAGGGUUGCAUAUGAUCUUUUUGAGUUUGCUUAUCUCGAUAUAUAAAUUACAAAUGAAUUCCUGGAUAAUCUGCAAAAAUUAUUUGUUGAUUUAACAACAGAUUUUUUUAACUAUUUGAUAGAUGUUGCAUGUCAUGCUAAUUAUAAAAUGCAAUAAUUAGAUAAAUUAUUAAAAGUUUACGGGUGUUUAGCAAAUUAAGAGAAUUAUAAAUAUAUGUAGAAGGAAAUAUCAUAAAAUAUUAUUGAUUAUGGUGAUAUUACAUUAGUAGGCUAAUCAUUUUAAGUAAAUUCAGAUAAACAUAUUGCUAUAGUGAAAUAAGCGAUUAAACAUUUUUAUUAUGUUAUGGAUGAAUGUAAAGUAUGGUUUCAAGCUAAAUAGCAUAAGAAUUUUGAUGAAUUAAUUAAUAAUGCCUAAUUUAAUAUUAUUAAACCACUUCCUUAAAAUAUUUAAAUCUUUUAAAAUUAAGAUGAUAUUCAUCUUAUGGAAUUAUGUCAUGAAAUAAAAGUUAUUAAAUCAUAAAAAAUAUAAAGAAAAGAUUUAUAAGGAUUAAAGAUAAUUGUAUAAGAUGAGAAAAAUAAUAAAAUUCAAUAAUUUAUAUUAAAUUUAUCUUAUCAUUAUUUGAUGUUUCAUUAAUAUGAAGAAGGUUGGGAACCAUUUGAUGAUGAAAAAGAGUGCAAUAUAAUUCUAGCUAAAUUUUUAAAUGAAUAAUUUGAUUAUCUUCAUUGUGGUCAUCCUGAAUUUAAAAAAAGAGUUGCUAGUGAAAAAUCAAUAGAUAGAACUACUGAUGAUAUUUCUGGAUUUAAGAAUGCUGUUUUUAAAUUUAAAAAAAUUAGUGCACCUAAAAAACCUAUAAGAUAUGGAACAUCAAAUAGAAUUAUAGGUGGUAAAGCACUUGGAAUGGGUAUUGGUUGUCUUAUAGUUGAUUGUCUUGAUGAAGAUAUACCUUGGGAUGAUAAAUUAAAAAAUGCAGGGUUUACAGCUCUUUCUUUUGGAGUCUUAGGUCUUCUUGCUUCUAGAUUACCAAUUGUGGGCAUUAUUAUAUAAUAAGUAAUAUUGGCUUUAGCUGUUAAAUCUAUUUUAGCUAAUAAAGUAAUUAAUGAUUCUCAGACAGCUAAGAAUCUUGGACAUUUAGGUCUAAUUAUUACUAUUGGUGUUGGAAUGACUAUUGCUGGUAGUUUAAUGUUUCCUAUUGCUUUUUGGGGUGCUUUCUUUGGUGGUUUAUUAGGUGGUGUUGGAAUGGGAUUAUAUUAAAAGUUUUUAAUUCCGUACUAUAUGGAUAAUAUAGUUGAAAUGUUGAAUAAAGCUAGUAAAUUAAUUAGAAGAAAUGGCUCUGUUAGAUAUAAAUAAUAUGCAUUAUAAAAAUUAUAAAUUGAUGAGAAAUUCUUACCAAAUCAUAAACCAUCCUAAAUGAGUGAUGAUUAAUAUUUCACUUUAUUAAUGUUUUGUCUUAGCAAUGAAAUAAGAUUAAUUAGUAAUGCAUCCUAUUCUAAACAAUUGGAAAAGCUAAAAUAAAAGAAUGCUACUGAAGAACAAAAAGCUAAUUUAUUAUAAAGAUAAUGUUAGAUUGAAAUUUCAUUAAAAAUUUGGAAUGAUACAUAUGAUUAUCUUAAAUCUCAAAAUAUCAGUUUGGUUGACAAUGCUAAGUCUUGUGCUGAAUUUGUGGAUGGUAUGCUUACAAAUUAUAAAGUUGAAUGAAAC